AUGCUGCGUGCUUUGGCCUCCUCCGUGGCACGCCCUGUAGUGCGGGCCUGGCCUUCCACAGUACAGGCUCGGAAAUUUUCCAUGUCGCGCCAAACGUAUAGUUUCUGGGAUACGGUUCUCCCGCUUAUUCAGGGUAACCGUCGUGAGCGUCAGCUGCAGCGUAAGCAGGGCGGUUUGCUCCCAGAAGACUACGAACGUGUGCAGCGUGACCAGCGCCGUGAUGAGAUGCUUGCAGCACAAUCAUCUACGGGUGAUAUGCUGGUAGAGGAUGCAAUGGAUGCACCUGAAUUUCGUGAUGAAGACAUCAAACGUCGCGCUUCAGAAGAGAAGCGUCAAAGGCGGCUGCAGCGCAAGCGUUGGGGUGGCACUACCGAGUUGGGCGGCGAGGAAAAGGCAGAACAUAAGUACAGUACAGCUGUGUUCCGCAUUAGCCCACGGAAGCUCAACCUGCUUGCCAACCAGAUUAUUGGCAAGCCGAUUGAUUUUGCCAUUGUGCAAAUGCAAUUCAGUGCCAAGCGCGCAGCCCGACGAGUCAAGGCCACACUUGUAAUGGCGCGUGAUCAUGCUGAGGCUAAGGGUCUGGAUCCAUCGUCGCUUGUUGUGUCAGAGGCCUGGGUGACCAAGGGCAUGUUUUUGCCGCGCCUGGAUAUCAAAGGACGUGCUCGUAUGGGUAUUAUGCAUCACCCCAAGGCUCGUCUCAAUGUAGUCCUCCGACCUGGCAAGACGUGGGAACAGCGUGAUGAGGCUCGUCUGGAGAAGGCGCGUCGCCAGGUUCGCAGUCUGGGCAGCGGCGGUGUGGUUCGCGGCAGCCCGAAAAUUGUUAAUGGUUUCCAGCGCCCUGGAUGGGCUUGGUAG